AUGGCAGCUCACUUUCCGCUUUAUGGACAUGUGUUGGCAAAACACCAAAUAGGUUUCUUUUGCGACUUACCCGCGACCCUCAAACCUUCAAAGGGCAUCUGUGGACCGACUGGCCUAGCACCAACGGGAACAGUGGACAAUCGGGAGGUCCCUGAUCGUGCUCGGUCGACACCUCACCGACCUGGCCCCUUCCGCAACGGAUUCCUGACGGAUACCCAAACUCCCGGGGCACCUUUAUAUCACGACGCGUCCACCACCACCCCUUCUAACCCUCACUUACCUUCCCUCCUUAAACUUCCAAUCACCUUCAGCAUGGAUACCGAGAUCUACAUCAAACCCGAGUUCUUACGCACUGACCCCAACAAGCCGCUAGCUCUUCCUAUCAUAUUUCACCACACUGGAUUUUAUUGCCCCGCUUGCCUCGCAGUUGGAAAAGACACCCCCAUGAAGUACAUCAACUAUUUCAACAACACUUGGCGAGUCGCCUGCGGCAUCACACCUCCCCGCGCCAAGACUGGAGAACCCAAAAACUAUGGACACUGGUAUCGCCUAUGGAAAGACUCCCAGCUGAAGCACGAGCUUCAGUCAAUAAAUGCGGGGAACUGGCCACCGUUGCCGUAUCCAAACCCGUCCCCUGUCGAUCACCUGCCGAACACUGCGAACGGUAUCCCCAACACAGGCUCACUCACUCCCAGCCGAUCGUCCCUAAAGUCAAUGUUCACCCCGUUUACUUCAACCGGCAACCAUCUAAAGAGUACCACCUCGGCUCAACCACUUUUGUGCCGAGGUGUUCUGGGGAAGACUGGCCAGAGUCACCGUAUUGACCAAGCUCGCCAAGGAAACAAGCAAUGCAUCUACCAAGCCUGUGCCAGCUGCUGUCAAACGCUCGGAGUCCAGCGAUGCACCGCCAAAAGGCACGGAAGGCCACAAAAUGCCCCACAUGCCCCACCUGCGUCUUCGCUCAAUCCUAGCCACCCCUUCAUGAACAGGAAUGAACCCCUCACCCCGGACUUUAUCAAUCCUUUAUUGGCCAGUUCCUCACCUUCUGGUUCGACACCAGCGGCCGCGCCAGCACCAGCACCAGCACCAGCACCUGUAGCAUCACAUCGUCGCAUCGCACUUCAAUGCGCACAAACGGGUGGGCGUCUUGCCCACAAUCUAAGUAGCACUCAACAAGCUGGCCUUUUUGCCUUACGCCUUCGGCGAAACCAAGAGACGGCUUUCAGCCAAGAAAUCGAUACUGAGGAAAACAAAGUUGUCAGCGUAAUUGCGUGGCUCAAGGCGGGACAAGAUCCAGAGUUGUUCACCUUUCACGCGCCUAAGUGGCCACUCUUCACCCUUCAGCAGUGUUUUCCCAUGGUGGAGAGGGCUAUGAACCUUGCCAUUUCAAAUGGGGAAACUCCUACUGAAAGCCUAUCGCUAUGGGACCCAGCUUUCACGGCCCGGAGGACUGUCCCCAACAACUUGCCAAACCGUCUACCGAUCACUCCGCGCCAAUUUUUGGUCAAAAGCCCUCAACUUGUAUCUGAUGAUUGUCCGCGCUUCGAUUGGUUCCGCAAUUCUCUCUACGAGAGCGAAACAGGCACAGCGAUACCAGGUUCGGCUGAUUCGACAUCAACCCACCCUGCCCCACCUUUCCGCCUUGCAAACUCAGCCCCUGUCGCACAUGGCGGAGAAGAGGAAGAUGAAGUUAUAUUGGUCAGAGAACAAUGUCACCAGGCUUCUUCAAAUGUAACCCAACCUGUUAUCACGGUUACAAAACAAACUACUACUCCAGCAGCCCCCAAUACCAACCUGGCCAAAGUCACCUGGCCCAACAACGAGGGUCCAGUUAGUGACUUAUUUGAAUGGUACAAUCUGACGUUAAAACUGCACCGGGUGAAAGCGUGGAAAAUCUGUUUUGGUGAACACUUCAAAGAACCUUCAGAUAGUACUAUCCAUCGGUAUGGUAGAUGGAUCAAAAUUGUAGAGCCUCCCAACAUUUUGGCAUGGGAACAACGGCAGCAAUCGGUUGGCAAGUCCUUCGCAGUACCUUUUGCGCGUGCUGAGUUUCGCGCACAAUUCCAGCUCGCCGGAUCACCAGGUUCUGACCCGGUCGCUGUCAACGUGGUCAAAUCACCCAACAAUAAGACGAAUCAGACGGAUCCACAAACACGCCGAAAACAAAAAUUUGGUGAAUAA